AUGGCCGAUGGAAAACAUUUAAUUAAAGAAUGGCUUAGUGAAUAUUCAUCUCUUCAAGAUCACGAAAUUAAGAGUUUUGCAGCAGAGCAUGAACAUAAUCAUGAAAUUGCUACAGCAAUAUUCAAUAUUUUGAACAAUGAAGAUUCAAAGGGUCAUCAAUCAUCUAGUCAAGAUAUCGAUGAAGAGAUGUUGGAAAAUGUUUGCAUGCAGUUGUUCAGUUUCUACAGAUCGAAGGAAAUGGAGUUGCAAAGGUUUACCUUGCAAUUUGUCCCCACCCUUAUAAACAUAUAUCUACGCUCUGUAGCUGUAAGCAAUUGUAAAUCCAUAAGAUGCAUUGAAACAUUACUCAUAGGUAUAUACAACUUUGAAGUGGUGGAUGAAACUGGUAAACCUAAAGUUGUCUCCUUUAGGUUACCCUCUUUAGCCCAGGCCUCUAUCUACCAUGAGCCUCUAAGCCUGGGAUCUCAGUUUUUAACCGAAAGUGCAUUACGCAGAUGGGAGGAAUGUAAUACCAAACUUGUGAGCUGGGGACCUCUACCACAAGUCGAAAUUCUUAAUGCACAAAAUAGAUUAAAAGUCAUGGCAGCACUACUGUUUAUAUACAAUAGGCACUUAAGUUUGCUUCCUAAACUGGCAUUGCGACACUUUUGUAUUGCAGCUUCAAGAAUAGUAACUCAAGGUUUUAAUAUAAAGAAAACUGCAUUAAAAUCAAAACCUAUUCAACGAAUUCCGGUGACAUCAAAUUUCUUGCUGGAAAUGAUUGAGGGUGCAUACUUUGCUAUGUUUAAUGAAUUUUACACAUUAGCAUUACAAGCCGUUCAGGAUAUAGACGAAAGAGCUCAAUAUGAGUUACUUCCAGAUGUUAUGCUUGUAACUAGUGCGGUAAUCAAUUCGUUAAAAAGUAAUCCUUCAGGUCAACCCUGUGAUGGUCCCAUGGGAAUUAGUGUUGCUUUAUCACCCGCUACAACAACAGUUACUAUGUCCAAAUCUAUGAUUACAAAUGCUUCAUUUAGAACUAAAAAACUUCCAGAUGACAUUCCAAUACAAGCCGGGCAGGUAAUACCAACUGAAUCAACAGAUAUGCUAACAUCAAUCACAGAAGAAGGUGAAGUUGAGAAUGCGGCGCCUAUGCAAAGAGGUGGUCCAGUCAGAAUCUCCAAACCGAAAUUAAGUAGUUUUCCCGUUUUGAGCAAAAAAACAAAGGACUCUAAGGAGAAAAAUAUUUCCGCAGCGGAUAAAAGGAGUAAUUCGAAAGAUUCUAAAGGAAUAUGGAACUCUAUUAGCGGAGGAGGUGAUAUGAUAGAUGCACAAAAGGCAAGCAAUGAUGAUGGAAGUGGCAGUCAAAAGGACGAAAUAUCAUUAACAUCUGUCCAAAAUAGUACAGAAACAUCGGAUUCGCGCUCUCAAGUCACCACUGAUUCAUUGGAAAUUGAACCAGGAUCGCGUUUUGCAGCCAUGCAAGUUAGUUCCGUUUAA